UUGUUUCCCUCUCUCUCGUCAUCAUCGUAAAACUAACAAAACCAGAAAACGAAUGCUCAAAACCCAAAAAAGGAAAAAAAAUAAUUCUCUCAGAAAAGGAAAGAAAAAAAAGAACCAUUCAAACUCGUUACAGUCGGAGGAAUUGCAGUUAUGGAGGUAGCUGACGUCGCAAUCCGAAUACCAGACACGGUGCCGGUGCCGGUGUCAUGUUCUUCAAGCAAUAUCGGCUCUUGCGAGAAAAGAAAUAUUGAAUUGCCAGAUCUGGAGGAUGAGAGCAUUGAAGAUGAAACAUCCACGCAUUUCAGCAGCAGAGAAAGGAGAGAAACGAUGACGUCGGCAGAAGCAGAAGACAUGGAUUCAAGGUGGACGCCAUCAGAGCGGAGAUCAACGGUGGUGAAGAUGCCAACCGAAUAUGUACUGGAAGAAUUCUUCUCUGUUGCCGAGGAAAAACUUCAGAAUCACUUUGCUGAAAAGUACAACUACGACAUUUUCAAGGAUGAACCAUUGGAAGGGCGCUACGAAUGGAUUCGAUUAAAGCCAUGAAGAAAAUCCAACUCACGCCAUCUCAGUUAGAAAAAUCUAUAAAAAAAAAUCUAAAAUUGCUAAUAUAAAAAUCCUGUUGGAAUAUAAUAAUGGGUGGGUUUGUGGAAAUCCGGAGCCACCAAAAUUUGUCAGUUUCAACUGCUAGAAUGUCUGCUGCUUCUUCCUCAUCUCUGGUAUGCUCACUGCUUCUCUUUAUUAGUCAGUUGUAAUAAUU